AUGCCCCAGGCCCUGGAGCAUGCAGAUGGCAGAUGGGCCUGGAUGGUUCUGCUGGCCUCCCUGAUGACCCAGGCCCUCACAUUGGCCUUCCCUGCAUGCAUCGGUGUCUUCUUCACAGAUCUGCAGCAUGACUUCCAGGCCAGCAACAGCGAGACCUCCUGGUUCCCCUCCAUUCUGGGGGCUAUGCUCCAUGCUGGGGGACCCCUGUGCAGCCUCCUGGUGGGACGCUUCGGCUGCCGAGUGACUAUGAUGCUGGGGGGCGUGCUGGCCAGCCUGGGCAUGGUGGCCAGUGCCUUCUCCCGUACGCUCAUGCAGUUUUUCCUCACGGCAGGAGUGAUCACAGGUCUCGGCAUGUGUUCAGCUUCCAGUCAAGCAUCAGUGCUGGGCUUGUAUUUUGUCCGCCGGCGGCCGAUGGCCAACGCACGCUCCAUAGGAUUGUCCUUGGGCGUCACCCUCUGGCCACUGCUAGCCCGCUACCUCCUGGAGGGAUCUGGGCUGGAGGGCUCCUUCCUGUCUUCGGCGGUGGGUCCUUCUCCACAUUGCUGUAUCUGUGGGGCCAUCAUAGGGCUGGCCACCAGUGCAACACCUGAGACCAGAGAGUCCCCUCUACCUUCCAAGACACCUGUGCGCAGCUGCCUGGCAACGUGUGACUCAACUAUUCCCGACCACCUGGCCUGUGACAUCCUGCAACACAACAUGGGUUACAGAGUGUACACAGUAGGCGGGACAUUGAUGAUUCUAGGCUUCACACUGCCACAUACCUUCCUGGUGCCAUAUGCAUGGCACGGGUAGAUGAAUAUCGGCAGCCUGCUUGUUUCCAUCAUUGGUUUUUGCAACAUCUUUCUUGCGCCCAUAGCAGGGCUGCUGAUAGGUCGACAGAGACUCGCCGGCUACCGCAAUAACCUAUUCAGCCUGGCAGUCCUGCUCAAUGGCUCACCAAUCUGGUGUGCACUGUCUGCUGACUACCAGGUGCUAGUGGACUGCCUGGUCUACAGCGUGUCCAUGUGUGGCGUUGGCGUCCUCAUCUGCCAGGUCCUGAUGGACAUCGUCCCGAUGGAUCGGUUCCUAGUGCCCUGGGUCUCUCACCGUACUUUUGGCAUUGCUUCCCUCAUUUCUCACCACUGGCCGGGUUCCUCGUGGAUUCUUACCAACAACUUCAGCUAUGUUCUUCAUGUCAAGCUUCUUCUCAUCUCUUCUGGCCUGUUUAUGGGCAGCUUCUAUGCCUUGCAGAAGAAGGAGAGGCAAGGCAGGCAAGCCAAGGCAGAAGGAGUCAGCUCAGAGACUGCCUCAGUGCCAAGUCUUAUCCUGGAAGGCAAGGACAUUCCAAGAAGCAGCUGCACGUUGAAAGGACUGUAUGUAAACCAGUGUUUGAGCGUGCAGAGAUCAGCGUCUGAGCCCUGA